CAGAUAGAUGCCAAAACAGAUCCGGUUUUCUUGAAAACAGGAGAUUCUGGUUUACCUGUCCAAAUAACAGUAAGGUCCCUCUCCUUUAACUCUCACCCUAAAAAAAAAAAAAAAGGUAACUAAAGUAACCUAUGUCAACCAAUCCAUUUUUUCCCUAUUGUUCCAUUUCCUUGUUCCUGCUUUACAAAACCGGCUGUUCCGCCCUUCCCGGGUGCGGGGGCUCCCGUUCUAUUUUGUAGAAUGGAAGCAGCCCCAUUCCAGGAAUCGCUCACAAAAGCCAACUAGAUCUAUAACUCCUUGUGCUGUCGGUUUGUACUGACAAACGCUACUAAUUAAAUGGUAUUUGGAUUAUCAGACACACGUCAGUCCCGGCGUGCAAACACACAAGCUACACUUUUGAGCCACCAGGUGGAGACCCCCAAGUCUAGCCCAUUCCCUGCGUCGGCAGUGAAGAGGACUGGCCCGCCCAACGUUGGAGCUACAGCGGAACCAGAGACGAGUAGGUCCUCCCGGCUGCCUAGGCGCCCCUCAAGCGGUCCAGGAUUCUGCACAUGGCGCUGACCGGAGCCUCCGACCCCUCCGGAGAGGCCGAGGCGGGCAGCGGGGAGAAGCCCUUCCUGCUGCGGGCCGUGCAGAUCGCGCUGGUGGUUUCUCUCUACUGGGUCACGUCCAUCUCCAUGGUGUUCCUCAACAAGUACCUGCUGGACAGCCCCUCCCUGCAGCUGGACACCCCCAUCUUUGUCACCUUCUACCAGUGCCUGGUGACCGUGCUGCUGUGCAAGAGCCUCAGCGCCCUGGCCACCUGCUGCCCGGGCACCGUGGACUUCCCCGCCCUGCGCCUGGACCUCAAGGUGGCCCGCGGCGUUCUGCCGCUGUCCGUGGUCUUCAUUGGCAUGAUCACCUUCAAUAACCUCUGCCUCAAGUACGUCGGCGUGGCCUUCUACAACGUGGGCCGCUCGCUCACCACCGUCUUCAACGUGCUGCUCUCCUACCUGCUGCUCAAGCAGACCACUUCCUUCUAUGCCCUGCUCACCUGCGGCGUCAUCAUCGGUGGCUUCUGGCUGGGUGUGGACCAGGAGGGGGCCGAGGGGACUCUGUCUCUGAUGGGCACCAUCUUUGGGGUGCUGGCCAGCCUGUGUGUGUCGCUCAACGCCAUCUAUACCAAGAAAGUGCUCCCGGCCGUGGACGGCAGCAUCUGGCGCCUGACCUUCUACAACAACAUCAACGCCUGCAUCCUCUUCCUGCCGCUGCUCCUGCUGCUCGGGGAGCUCCGGACCCUCUGGGACUUUGCCCAGCUGGGCAGUGCCGAUUUCUGGGGGAUGAUGACGCUGGGUGGCCUGUUCGGCUUCGCCAUCGGCUAUGUGGCAGGACUGCAGAUCAAAUUCACCAGCCCGCUGACCCACAACGUGUCGGGCACGGCUAAGGCCUGUGCCCAGACGGUGCUGGCCGUCCUGUACUACGAGGAGACCAAGAGCUUCCUGUGGUGGACGAGCAACUUCAUGGUGCUGGGUGGCUCCUCUGCCUACACCUGGGUCCGGGGCUGGGAGAUGAAGAAGCUUCAGGAGGACCCCAGCCCCAAAGAGGACGAGAAGAGCACCGUGGGGGUGUGAGCUCCCUCGGGACUGGGGAGGCCCCAGGUGGCGCUGUCCCUGUGGCCAGAGGGUGGCGUGGCAGUCGGCAUUGUUUUCAGACCUGAUGGGGAACGGGUGUUUGAAAGGAAUGUUAGGGGGCUGCCAAACCUGUCUGUAUCCCGGCCUCUUUCUGGAAUACUCCACUGGGCAGAGCACCCCUCUGGCCCCUCCCAGGGCCUCUCUACCUCCACUUCACCUCCGGGGUUGGGCCAGCCUUCACUUAUACUCAGGGGACACGGGGUGUGACCCCAUCGCAGCCGGCCUAAGGGGCCUGGGCAGGCAGCGCAGCUUUGGUCCCAGCCUGCUUUUGGGGGGAAGUGUGGUCGACUGGAGGAGGAGACAGACCAGUGUCCCCUCUUCUCUCCCUGACACAGUAGGGCCGUGGAAGAGGAUUAGAGUCCCUUGCGCCCAUGACUGACCCCGGACCCACGGUGGCGGCUGGGAAUGGAGUAGAUGAAAGCACCCAUCCUCCGUAUCCCAUGUUUGCAGUUUCAGAACAUGGAGGAACCACACAUCUUACAGGUUGAGCAGGGUCAUAAACCCCGCCCUCCAUUCCUGACCCUGUGAUCCUGACCCUGUGACUCUGCCGCCCGCUCCGGUCUCCCAGGUCCUGACACAGCUGCCCAGCUCAGGUACCACUCACUGAAAGUGCAGCCGGGGAGCCAGUUCUCCCCACUCUGCCUCCCCGAGAGCCUCCAUCCUGGGUGCUCAGCCUCCCACUCCUGAUUCUGAGCCUCUUCCGUGAUGAAGUGAUAAACACAUUUCCCUUCCUCCCUGAAGUUGGAGCUGAAAGAAACUGCUUAUCCCAAGCCUUAGUCCCUCACACAUGGGGCUGAUUGGACCAGAAGCUGGGUUCUCACAGCCCUGGAGGCUGCAAGUCCAAGCUCAAGGCCCAGCCGACUCAGUGUCCCUGGCACCUGGCGGGGUCUUCUCUGAGUCCGCAGUGGUAGAAGCACAAACCCUACCCUCAGGCUUUUUCUAGAAGACCAGGAACCUAUUCAUGAGGCUCCACCUCUGCCAGCACCUUCUCAAGGGUGAGGACUCCAAAGUGAAUUUUGGGGUGACACAUUCAGGCCACAGCACCUGUUUGUCAGCCUCUGCCCCUCACCGUGGCUUUCACUCAGCCGUCCCUUCUGUUGGAUGUUUUGUACCUCCCAUCUUGGGGUGGUUUCUGAUGUUUUUCAUCCCAGUAGUAAACGCUGGGCAGAGUGGAUCUUUCCCAGCCCCUCCUUCCUGCCCCCACAACCCAAGGUGGUUUCGGUGAAGUCACUGGGGCCUGAUUCCCUGAGCUGUGUCUGAUUUAAUAAAAAGCCGGAGGAAGA